AUGGAUGCACUGAUCAAGUGUGGCAUCCAGAGAAGUCCAAAAAAUAUUCUAAACCAAGAGUACUUUGGAAGACUGAAUGAAUGGAGAAGAACAGAAACCGGUGUAAGAAUUAUGCUGAAUAUGAUCAACUGGAUGGUGAAUAAUUCCUUAUUUCAAGCGUAUAUUCAAACCAACAAGGUAAAUUCUUUAGAAUAA